AGUAUCAUAAAAAAUGAAUGCCGAACCCGAAAAACCACGCUUCACCAUCAAAAAAUGGUCGGCAGUCGCAUUGUGGAACUGGAAAAUUGCAGUAGAUAAUUGUGCCAUAUGUAGGAAUCAUAUCAUGGACCUCUGUAUCGAAUGCCAGACGGCUGAAACAGAAGAGCAAACGUCAAACGAAGAACAGUGCUCAGUAGCCUGGGGAGCUUGCAGUCACGCCUUCCACCUACACUGCAUAUCAAAGUGGCUGAAAACAAGACAUGUAUGUCCACUUGAUAACGCACAGUGGAACUUUGCAACAAAGGAAACUAAUUGAAACUGUGCUUAAAUUUAAAAUAUUAAGUC